AUGCCGACUGCCGAAGAACUGCAACAGCAACUCGAAAAACAGCAAGAAGCCAUCCGGAAGCUAGAGCACACUCCAGCCGGUCACAGACCCGCCUACACCGACUCACAGGAGAAGCAGCUACGAAAGCUGAUAAACGAGAUGGAGCUAGGGGACCGACAACCAUCCCAGUUAUUCCGCGAAAUGAAGGCACUCGCGGGGCAGCAGAUGAAUAGCGAAGUCGUAAAAACGCUCUGGCUACAGCGACUCCCACCACAUGUCCAACUCGUGCUGUCGGCGAGCGAGGGAGUACCGCUGGAAAAGAUGGCAGAAAUCGCGGACAAAUUGGCGGAAAUACACAGAAGCAACGCUAUGGCUUCCAGUAUCAACGCGAUAGGCGCCACCAGCGACACGACGCGGCAGAACACCAUCGUACCAACGCAGGAAACUAACCUCAUUACGGUAAUUGCAGACCUCCAGAAACAGAUGGCGGCCUUGUCGAUAGCCGUAACUCAUCUAACCAACACGAGAGGGCGCAGUCCUCAAGCACGGCAAAAUGACCGCCGAAAUCGGUCAAGGACACACAGCAGGCAACGCACGGAUCAAAAUGGCGUUUGUUAUUACCACGCCAAGUUCGGUAGGCGCCGUCGGGUAUCGAGGCGGUACACGACGACGCGCGUCAUCAUCGUCUCUUCGUCACGGAUCCCAAAUCCGGUAUCAGGUAAGGCUCAGUCACAGACACAAGAUACACCCGCCCUAUUUGCAGCGAACAACACACCCAUCCGCACGUUCGGCCAGAAAUUCACGGUGGUUGACUUGAAGCUACGCAGAACUUUUAAAUGGGUUUUCAUCCUCGCGGACGUCGAGAAACCAAUAAUAGGGGCCGAUUUUCUCGAGUACUACCACCUCCUACCGGACCUGAGAAACCGGAAGCUGGUAGACCCCUUGACACAUCUCUCUUCCCCUGGUUUCGUAUUGGCAUGCUCCGUACCACGUAUUACGACGGUGGCAAAAACCUCCAGCUACCACAACCUGCUGGCGGAAUACCCGGAAUUGACGAAAGCACCACGUCCGGGAAGUCAAACAUCCAGCUCCGUAGUGCAUCACAUAUACACGACCGGCCCUCCUGUAGCUGAAACACCACGCAGACUACCACCGGAGAAACUCAAGGCUGCCAAAGCUGAGAUCCAGUACAUGUUGGAGCAAGGGUGGUGUCGCCCCUCCAGCAGUCCAUGGGCCAGCCCACUGCACCUCGUACAGAAGAAGAAUCCUGGGGAAUGGCGUCCUUGUGGGGAUUAUCGGAGGCUGAACGGGGUAACAAUCCCAGACAGAUACCCCAUACCACACAUCCAGGACUUCUCGGCCAGACUAGAGGGAAAAACGGUGUUCUCCACGAUAGAUUUGGUACGUGCUUACCACCAAAUUCGAGUGGCCGACGAGGACAUCCCAAAAACUGCAGUGUGUACGCCAUUCGGUUUAUUUGAGUUCACAGUGAUGACUUUUGGCCUACGCAAUGCCGCGCAAACUUUUCAAAGACACCUCAAUAAUGUGCUCAACGAUUUAGACUUUUGUUUCGCAUAUAUGGACGAUAUUUUAGUUUUUCCGCGAACCCAGAGGAGCACGUGCGACAUUUAAAAACGCUGUUUGAAAGACUGAAGCAACACCAAAUCGUGGUUAAUGCAGCAAAGUGCGUGUUCGGGGCAAAUGAAGUGGAGUACCUAGGACAUAGCAUUUCGACUCACGGGACCCGUCCAGCAACCGCGAAAGUGACGGCGAUAAGUGAUUUUCCUAAGCCGCAAACUGUGAAGGACUUACGAAAGUUUCUCGGCAUGAUCAACUUUUAUCGUCGCUUCGUCAAAAAUGCCGCAUCUAUCCAAGCACCUCUACAUGUGUAUCUGCGAAAUUCGAAAAAAAAAAAAAAAA